UUUAGCAGAAGAAGAGAUUGAUAUCCAAGACCUGAAUGCUUUUUAGAGUUCCCCAGUCAUCACUGUCACAAGCACUUGCAGUUAGGAAAUCAGAAACCAAAUUAAACCUAAAAGCUUCUUCCAAAUAAGAAUAUUUCAAAGCCAUUAAAAUUAGACAAAAGAUUUCAAUUCCUCCCUGAAAAUAGCAGAGUCACCUGGAUCUUAAUCUGCUUGUUUUUAAUUUCCUCUUUCUAAAAAAGACCUGCUGCUACCUCCGAGGCUUUCAAAGGGAGGAAGAUCAGCUGUGUUUAUCCAUUAGAGAAGAAGGCGCUCCAAUUCCUUCCUUCCUUCCUUCCUCUCACUCAUUAUGAUUUAAGACUGCAAUUACAGUCAGCAUGAGAGAGAGGGUUUGCGUGGUCACCUGGAGGAGAUGCUUCAGUGGGGGAAAUGGGCAUCUAUAAAAGGUGAGAAAGUACGACUCAAAGGAGGCGCCAGAGGCAAAUGCUCUUCCUUUCCUUUCUUCUGCUAUCAAUCAGAACGGAGAAGAUUGGGAUGCUGUUUGCCAGUUCCUUCCUGUUGGUCAUAUCCUUGACGAUCUGCUCUGCCCAGCACUGGUCCUACGGCCUUCAACCUGGAGGAAAAAGGAAUGCUGAAAAUAUGAUAGAAUCCUUCCAAGAGAUCACAAAUGAGCUGAGUAAACUUGGGAAGCUGCAGCAUUUUGAUUGCAAUGUGCCGCGUCAGCGCCCAGUAUUCAAAAGCCUAAAAGCUGCCCUUGCACGUCUGACUGAAGGAGAGAAUAGGCCAAAGAAGAUUUAAAUCUACAGAAGACCCUUCACCAAGAAAAGA